AUGCAAUUAUCAACCAUGCAUCUCAACGCGUGUUUCUUGUGUCUAUUCCUGUGUGUCGCGCUGAUCGAAGCUGGUCCAGCUCCUAAGACCAUUGAGAAGAAGUCACUGGCUGAAGAUGUGAAGGCAGAAUCCAAAAAGGCGGACCUGAAAAUCGAGGAAGCUGGUGAGGAUAAAGAUAGAUCGAAGAAAUCAACAUUCUGCGUACAAAUAGGAUCAGAAGCAUCUCAACCAGCCCAAGUUUCUUGGAAAGAAAAUCAAAUGGGUGUUCAGAAUAUCCCAAUGGCUUUGCAUACUCAGUCUCAACCGAUCCAAACUCUAAACCUUCAACCUGUUGCUCAAACUUUACCUCAGGCAAGUGUAAUGAUGCCUCAACAAAUGGUUCAACCUCCUAUACAUACCCUUCAGAUAGUACAGUCUCCUCCACAACCUUGUGCUCCAGCACCAGCACCAGCAGUGAACAUCAUUCAAUCAGUUCCUCAGACAAAAGUAAUUAAAACUAUUCAAAAGCCAAAGCCUAAACCUAAGCCAACCGGCGAAGAACAGAAACCUAUGCGUAUCGAGCAAAUUCCAGAGCCUCUACCUGAGCCUCAGGAAACAUUGACGGUCUUACCAGUUGCUCCUACUUGCCACGAGCAUUUGAUGUUGGUAUCUGAACCUGAACAGCCACAAAUGGCUACCUAUGUUCAAGUUCCAUCAAUGGUACCCUGCACCAAUCCUAUGCACGGUUUCCUCAAUCCAUGUUCUUGUCAGCAAAAUUUAGCUAUGUUCAGUGAGUCUGGAAUUGAACCAAUGGCAAUGAAGAUGCUUCCUAUCGCGUACUCUUCAACAUAUGCAAGGCCUCCAUUGAUCAUGCCCUAUGAUACAAAUGCGUUUUCUCACGUUGUAGUAAAUGAUAACGUGGACGUAAAGGUGGGCCCUCAAGCAAGAACCCACAAUCACAUUAAAGUGAAGUACCCUCAUCAUAUUCAUGUUCGUCCAGAGCUCAGCCAACAAACAAUCUAUCAAAACAUGUACGUCCAAGGAUCGGAAGGUGGUAUCCCUAGUUCCUAUGCCAGUAGGGAUCUGGUCGACAAUGCGUACGCAACAAAAGGAGUCACCAUCAAUGCUUUUCCUCAAACUUUCCGGGAUGCUAAUUCCAUGCACCAGGCUGGUUACCAAUUCGUAGAAGAUUCUUUGGGAAACCAGGAUAACGCAUCGAACAAUCCAACCUUCUCCGAGGCAGAUGAUCUUAUGCAGAGCAAUAAGGCACCUCGUCAAAUUGAAUCCAACCAACUGUUACCAGAGAACACAGUGGAAACCAAACAGGAUGACGGUCGCGCUAUGUUGAUAGAUGGACGUCGAAAUGCCAGAAGCAAUAAAGAGAAGACAAAGGAAAUUGAGAAGAAGUCAAAGACAAACUAGAGAAUUAAUAUAAAAUACAAUAAGUUC